UGUACGUCGUAGCGUUAUUCUGCUACUAACAUGUUUGCUAAGUGAGUGAACCAUGGUGAUGGGGACUUUUUAGCUCAGUUUCUCUUGCUGUUGGAGUCAAUUCCUUUAAUAAAAUGACGACUCAACGUAACAACAAUCCCGCCUGAGCUUUUAAGCUCCUCUGUCCGGAGACGCCGUGCGAGCUUCCASCGCCGGUCGGUGGGAUGGAUCCUCUGGGGGCUCGCUCCCAGUUUGUGGAUAUCCAGUCCCUUCCAGUGUGGCAACAGCAGCUGAGUGAGGAAGCCAAGGAGACGCCGCUGGACCAGGGGGACGGCCCGCUCGUCCACGAGGCCUUUCCCUCGCCCUUCCCUUUCAGACCGGACAUCAACCGCAAGAUCAUCCUCUUCACCGGGGACGUCGCCCUGCUGAACUGCACUGCCAUUGUGAACACCAGCAACGAGUCGCUGAGYGACAAGAAUCCAGUGUCGGACAGCAUCCAUCAGCUCGCCGGGCCUGAACUGAGGGAAGAACUCGUGAAACUCAAAGGAUGUCGGACCGGCGAGGCCAAGCUGACCAAAGGCUUCAACCUGGCGGCGCGGUUCAUCAUCCACACGGUGGGACCGAAGUACAAAGCCAAGUACAGGACCGCAGCGGAGAGCUCUCUGUUCAGCUGCUACAGGAACGUCAUGCAGCUGGCAGCGUAUGUGACCUGGUGCGAUAAACGAACAGUGCGCCGGUUCCUGGAGAACCAUGGAAACGGCAUCGACACGGUGGUGUUCGCCGUGUCAGACACAGAGGAGUCUGUGUACAAGAAGCUUCUCUCGCUGUACUACCCUCGCUCUGAGGAAGAGGAGAGGCGCUGCCUUCCUCUCAUCCCGGCUGACAUUGGCAACUCGGAGGGCGAGCCCGUGGUUCCAGAGAGACAGAUCCGCAUCGCAGAAAAACCAGGCAGCCUGGAAGAUGAGUGUCGAGAGGAGAACCUGGAGCUGGAUUUGGGUCAGGUGGGGAAUCACGCCUUCGCUCGGAUGGAGGGCGACGUGGACAAGCAGAGGAAGCUGAUCCUSCAGGGCCAGAUGUCUGAGGCRGCCGUACAGAAACAGCACCAGAGAAACUACAGUCGCUGGCUGUGUCGAGCGAGAGCAGAGGAUCUGUCAGACAUCGCUGCRCUGAAAGCCUUAUAUCAGACUGGUGUGGACAUAUGCGGCAGGACGGUGAUGGUGGUGGUUGGACGAAACAUCCCAGUGACCCUCAUUGACCUCGAAAAGGCCUUGCUGUACUUCAUCCAUGUGAUGGAUCACAUCACAGUGAAGGAGUAUGUGAUCGUUUACUUCCACACGCUGACCGGAGAGCACAACCACCUGGACUCGGACUUCCUCAAGAACCUCUAUGACGUCGUCGACAUCAAGUAUAAAAAGAAUCUGAGGGCCUUUUAUUUUGUACAUCCAACGUUUCGCUCAAAGGUCUCCACCUGGUUCUUCACCACCUUCAGCGUGUCGGGCCUGAAGGAGAAGGUCCGUUACCUGGACAACCUGCCGCAGCUCUUCACCUGCAUCAAACCCGAGCAGAUCGACAUUCCUCCGUUUGUCCUGGAGUACGACGCACGAGUAAGCGGACCGAACCAUCCCAACGAGGCUUCUGGUCUGUGACAGGACGCCAGCUGGACCUCUUUGCUAGGCGGACGCCGUGAAUUCAGCCCCACUAAGGGGAACCUAUUAAUGGACGUCAGACUGCCUGAGCGGUCUGAACUCACAAACUCCAUCAGGCUGUGAACCGCGGCGGGGAAAAUCUCCCUGUUGACGUUUUCCCGCCAAAAUCGUACGAAGAGAGUCGUCUCAGGUCAGCGGCAGCGACCGUUUGUCGGUCCGGGGUAGUUUCUGGAUUAUUUCUCGCUUAAAGUCUUUUUUUUUUUUUUUUUACAUAUUUUCUCCAAAGCAAAUAAAGAGUCAAGUCACAAAACCUUUGACUUCAUGUAAAAUCACAGACCUUAUCCAGCUGGUAGCUGAAUUUACCGGCUGCAAGUUUCACUAUUCAAUGCAGUAAGUCGCUAUGACAACAAGAGGAGCUUAAAUCUGUGGGGCAGAAGGCAACAUAAAGUUGAAGCAGUAACUUUUCAUCAGUCAUGUACAUGUAAAUCAGAGGUUAAGUCCCGGACAUGAACUCUUUAAUAUGCUGGCAGCGUUUUCAGACUCGCUGCUGUCCAGCUGCUGCGCUGAAAUCUUGUUGGUCUUAAAAAACGUUUCGUGUUUGAACUGAAAGGCAGCCGACGAAACGCUGCACGUCUGUCAGCGUUUAGAGUAAAAUGAGUCAAUAAAUAAACAUUUAUCCCACAAGUUUUUUUUCUCCCCCGACUGAUUACUGCAGUAAUGCAAGAGUUUCAAUGCGUAGCUCUUCGUGUAAACUAAUGAAUACGAGGAUAAAGAGGACGUCUGUUGCCCUUGUUGCACAAGCUAACAUGCAUAUUUUCAUGGUAGACUUAAGUCCAACAAAACAAACAAAACUUUUUUUUUCUUAUUUCAUAUCCAUAUAGGCGUGAAAAUAUUCAUUUUUGGUCAUUUUUCUGGUAAAUCUCUACUGGAAGGCGAACCAUCGCUGCACUCUCCUGUGUUUUGCAGGUUUUCUGAAUUAAUUUAGCUCCGUUCAUCAUUAAACGGUCAGAGCCAAGAAUUGACAAGAUUGUUCCCAUUCGUACAUCAUGUUUUCUAAUUCAUUUAACAUCCUGAUCACUAAUCAGAACCGAUCAAUGGAAAAUAAGCGAAAUCUCUAGCUGAAGAAAUUGAUGCAAAGUUAAAACGGAGUGUUAUCAGGAGUGAUAUUAGCAGGAAAAAAAACCUUAACAAUAGAGUUUUCUUGAGGGAAAACUGAGACUGAUUACUUCCUGAAUUGUAAAUACUGUUUAUAUCUUACAAACUGAAUCAGGUUUGUAAAAGAAAUCCCAUAAAACUACCUAUUUAUUUAAACACACGGGAUUUUUCCUUUUUUUUCCAAAUAAGUGAUUUUAUUUGUAGAAAUUCAACUUUGUCUCUUGAUGUACCCACCAUCCAUAAGAAAAGUACCGUUCACUAUUGUUUUCUUACUUCUAAAACUAACCAUGUUAUAAUUUCUCUGGUUUUCUCAGUUUUCGUCCUCCACUGAUUAAACCGUUUUGGUUCCAUGUUUUCUGUUCGUUCGGUAAAGAAAUAGUUUAGAUUUUCAGAUGUGAGGUUUUGUGAAUGCAUCGUCGGUAAGAACACAAAACUUACCAAGUAUUUUUGGUCUAGUUUCUAAUGUAAAUAUCUUAGGACACUUGAAAUGUAACAAAAUUAAUAUAUAAGUACCAUUUUACUUAACAUAGAAUUAACAUUUUACUUAUAACAAAACAUUUUUCCCAUGUUUAAAGUGAAAAAAGUGGAGCUACUGUAGUUCUUAUCAAUAUUAAGGACUUAAAUCCUUAUAACCUAAAUAACUCCUAUAUCUGGCUGAAAACUUACUUGUAAGUUAGUUUUGUCUUAUUUCAUGUGCACUAAGAUACUAGCACUAGAAACUAGACUAAAAUUACUUGGUAAGAUUUCGUUUUUUCAGUGUCCCUGUGUUUGCAGCGAACCGAGUAAGUCAGAGCUGUGAAAGCCAACAGGCAGUAAAAAUCACGACCUGUUUUAGCUCCUUUCAUUCAGUCAAAGUGAAAAUGUUUGUCUUUACGGAACAUACUGCUGCUGCUGCACUUUUACAAGAAACCAUUAAGUUUGUUGCCGCUUUAACAGCCAGCUGUGCUCCGCGUUGCUGCGAGGAGUCGGAAAAGCAGAGGAACCGUGCUGCCUUUCGACGCUGCUGCACAAAUACAAACUUCCUCCUCUUGUCAGACGAAUCUCAGCUCAUCAAACGGUUUGAUAUCGGCUACAACGUCAACACAAGUUUGAGAACGAUUACUGAUGAUAGCCUCUGUUUAAAGUCAAAAUCUAAACUCUCCCUUUAUAAUUGUGGAGCUUUUUUAGGAUCCCUGCUUUUGUGUGAACUUUCAUCACCGUCUGUUGGACUACAGCUCAUUUCUCGCCAUCCAGGUAUUUUCAUUUCGUUUCAGCUCCGUUGGAAAGGCUCGAGCCUCUCAGGGUGAUUCUCCUUCCUGCAAACAUCCUCAUUUCAGAACGGAUGAAACUCAGAAACUCUGCAAGAGAUUCAUCGUAGGAGACGAUGCUAACCUGCUCAUUUACGAACCAAAGGUUUACGAUAAAAACGUAGCCUUCUAGCUAAAGUGUUUGUUCGUAUGAAAGGAAACGUAAAUGAGAAGAAGUGGAGGUGUUKGAGGAAGAUCCGUUUUACAAUCACUCGCUUCACAAGCCGUCGGCAGAACCGGGAUUUUCUCAUAUGAUGUUUAGCUGAGCCAAUUUUCGACUUUAUGGAAAUGUGAUCUUUUUGUUUUUAUAAAUGUAUCUGUCAUUUUAUUGUUGUUGAUUCAGACUGUCCAAAGCUUUCAGGGUCUGAAGGAAGUCUCUUCUUUUCUGUUUGGAUCUUUUUUUUUUAAUUUUCUGAUUAAAAAUCCUUGACUUUCA